AUGGAUGCCUGUGGAUGGAGGGCUCCUGGUCGCCGCUCGAAGCCCUUCUCGCGCGGCAACUCGCGAGCGCCGUCAUACACGCAAGAUGGAGAGCGCGCCAGACGUGACGGCCGCGCUACAUCUUCAGCUUCAGCUGACGCCGCGGCGUCGGCGCUGCGCCAGCAGUGUGAGACAACGCGGUUUCUGGCGCGCCUUCUCGCUGGUCUCACGCUGCAGUGGCGUGAGGUGAUGACAGACCUCACGGAGGCGGAGGUACCUUUCAACAUCAGCGACGCUGCAGCGGCGGCGGCAGCAUCUAAACUAGGCGAGCGCGCGCUCAUCGAACACCAUCACCACCACCGUCGUCGGUCGUUCUCGCCUUUGCAGCCGCGGUGCCGCUGCUGCUCCGGCUCGGCAGUGGCAAAGUCGGCGUCGAAGUCGUACCUCACGGAGGAGCGCCGCUUCGGCGUGCAGGCCCGCGAAGCGGAGCGUGCGCUCUUGCGCUGCCGUGAGCAACGGCGCGCACCGUCGGCAUCUCUCUCAGAUCCCUGCGAGGGCCGAUCGCGCCACUGCGUCAGCGGCGCUGAUGCAUCGACGCUGAUGCGCUGCCUGAAUGGGGCUGAUGAGAAAGGUGGCGGUGCCUUGCGCACCGACGGUCGAUUGUGCUCGACUGCAACCAACUGGCACUGCCUUACCCCCGCCACCCAGUGGAUUCCGUACUUGUUGAAAGACGACGCUGCGGUGCCCCACGGCACGAGCACAGGCGACCGCCGCGACCUGUGCGAAAGCAGCCUGCUGUACGCCUCCCCCCAUCGACCCAGGCAGUAUAGUAACGCACGGAUGGAACAAGAUGGCAGGGACGGCGAGGGCGUUUACGUUGGCAGUGACAUGGGUGCUGACGCGCAGCUCCGACGCGCUGUACUAGAAGGGGCGGCGCGGAGCGUGGAAGUGAUUAUACUUGGCAUGCGCCAGGUUUGCGAGGUGCUGUCGGCGACGGCGGUGACCACCGUUAGUAACAGCGACACCGACGGAAGUGGUCGCCGUCGCUUUCAUCGUGGCAGUCAUCGCAGCUCGAGUAGGACCGGUCCCUUGUCUGCGCGGUCCGACUCCGCCUCCAGAGCUCGCAGCGCUGAAGCGAAUCAGGUAUCGGCGCACCGCCGUCGCCGUAAGUCCCACGAAGCGCACACGCAGCAGAGCUCGGGCGUGGCACCACCGUCCAUCUUCAUCACCUCUGCAGCAUCGCCGUCACGCUCGCAGCGGCGCAGUCAAUGCGCCGGAGACACGCCGUUUGCAACGGCUUCAGCACCAGCUGCUGUAGGUAGUGUUUUGGUGUGCCCCGCCCCACCGGCGUCAGAGCGUGUUUACAUCUACCCCCGCGCAGACAGGAGCGCCACUGUCCUGUCGCCGCUGCGCCAUCGCCCGUACUCGGCGAUGACAGCAGAUGUGUCUGCCACCGCCCCUCUGUCUCAGUGGAACCGCAAGCUGGGGUGGCGGGCAACGGGGGCAACAGUGCCGGUGGGAGUAAAGACAGGGGUCGCACCGGCCACCAAAUCCGCGGCGUCGAUGGACGCGCUCAGCUCAUUGUCGGAUCCCUCCAGUGCCCCUACGUCACCGGCACAGCCCACGGCGCUGCAGACAGCUUCCCCGACGACGCGUUCUCGACUGCCUCCAUCUCCCUUGCCUUCCUCCGUAGCUGCUGUUAUUGUACGCCGUACAUCACAAGUGCGCUGGGCAGCCCUCGCGCACGAAGAAGGCGAGGCACGGCUGCGCAUCGUCAUGGCGCACGGCUGUCGCCUCAUGCGCGUCUUGCGCGACCACUACGAACGCCUGCGUGAGCUCGAGUGGGAGAGCAGGCGGCAUUCGCUCGCCACCAAGAUCGGGGCCUUAGCCGGUGAACAGGGAGCCGAAACAGUGCGGGCACCUGCCCCAAGAACAGCAGCGAGGGUAAGCACUCGAGCAAGCGACACCGACGACGUUGCGGACCCCGUCAACUCCCCUUACCUGACACCAUCACUGUCGUUCCCCUCGGUUUCCACCGUCCCCGCUCACACAGAAACGAGCAGCGAUGUGGUCAUGAGCCCAGCGGCACAAAUACCGCCAGCGCGCAAUGGAGGGCGCGACGACGAGCGGGAAGGCACGCCCACCGCAGCACAACCUUCAGCGUCCACUACUGCCGCCGCCAUGGUCAUUGUGAACACGUGCACGCCGUCGUCCCCUCCACAGAGGCAGCAGCCGGUGUGGGAGAUGAGCAGUGCCACGCACAGCCGAGCAAUUGCCGCACGCUACUCGGCAGCAGCGUCGCACGCAUCACGGUUACCAGCGCGUCGGCGGCCUGCAAGCCACCUGCCGCCGGUCGUCCUACAUGACAGCAGCGUCGCGGGGGCAGUGACCACCUCAUCUGCCGCUGCGGAUGCUCCGAAGGCGCCAGCUUCUGUGCUUGCAUCCGCCUCGCAUCCAUCGGCAGAACAGUGGGAGCUGCGCUCUUCGCCGCACGUCCGGCCCUCGGCGUUGUUGCAGCAGCUACGGAAUGCAGCUGCCGUGGUGGAUGAGGAGGAGAAGUACGCCGAGCGCACCCCGUCUAUGGCGCGUCAUGCACACAAGCACCCCACCGGCGGUAGCUCCUGCCCGCUGCUGUCGCCGCUCGAGGAGUCUGCUGAGGAGGCCAUAGCGCCGAAUGCAAGUAGCGACUUCGACUCCAGAACAACUGCGGCAAGCACCAGCGACAAGCAGAAUGUCAGUUGCAGUGCCGACAGCAGCAGCUCCUCCGUCACCUAUAUCGUGGAAGAGAAUGCGGAGCGACAUGUUCCAUCGAGCACGACCAAAAUCGCUGUUGGGUUCAUGGCAACUGCGGGCGAUCGCGCUCACCUGGCAGCCGCCUCUCGCGGCCCACCACCGCCACCACGAGUAGGAGCAAAUGAGGCUCACCUUGGCAAUGUCGAAGAUGACGCGCCUCCAAGUCCUCGCUCCGACGGUGCGGCGCCACAGAACUUAGCCAUCGCGGUGGAGCUGUUCCCGGUGGGCGACACCGAUGCCAGCACUGCAUGCGCGCCUCUGUCGAGAAAGCAGCUGAUCUUUUCGCCCUCUCCGCUGCCGUCAGUGCCGAACAUGAACGACGUAGGCAAUGCCAACAUGACCACUGUCGAUGUCUUCGAGGUGGCGACUGUGACAGACGAGGCAGAUGCGGCAAGCUUUAGCUCCGUCGGCUCCUUCCACGAGAAUGGUGUAUAG